ACCUGCCGCGCCCGCAUUGGCCGGCAGCGAGCCGUACCAUUGUCUCGGGGGUGGCGGGGAGGAAGACAGGGGGAUUUCGGGAAGGCCCGGCCCGCCCGCCUCCGAGUAGGCAGCUCCCCGCGCGGGUGGAGCGGGCGCGGCGCCGGCAUGUGGGGCAGCGGCAACCCCGGCGGAGGGGGAGCUGGAGCCGCCGCCGCGACGGUCGUCUUGAGCGGGACGCGGGACUGCUUCCUGCACUUGCCUCCCGAGCUGGCCUCUCGCCUCCGCCUGCAGCAGGGCCAAGCUGUGAAAGUAUCCUGUGGUCAUCAGCCUAUAUUUUUGAGCUGGAUGGAAAUCAGGCAUCGAGGUCACAAGGGUGAAAAUGCAGAGAUUAACAGACAGUUAGCAGAGAAACUUGGCAUUGCAGAUGGAGAACAGGUAUUUCUUGAACCCUGUUCCCACGUCUCCUCCUGUCAGCAAGUAGAAGUGGAACCACUCUCAGCAGAUGAUUGGGAAAUUCUGGAACUGCACGCUUCCUCUCUUGAAAAACAUCUUCUUGACCAGAUUCGAAUAGUAUUUCCAGAAGCCAUCUUUCCUGUAUGGGUUGAACAGCACACUCACGUUUACAUCAAAAUUGGUGCACUUACGCCAGCAGCCUCCUAUGGGAGAUUAGAGCCAUGCACGGAGCUUCUGAUAUGUCCCAAAAUACGUGAACUUGGGGAAAAUAUCACCAGCACACCUUCCACAGAAAGUGACAUCUUUCUCAAAAGUUUUGUGAAAAAUAACAUGGAGCAAGAAGAAACAGUAAAGGAUCCUUUUGCCAAACAACCUUACUUAAAGCCAGGAGUCCUUGAACAGAGUAAGGCUGAUGCAAACGUGACGUUUGGCUCAAAUGUUCUCCCAAAUAUAUGGAAUUUCAUAGGGAGCAUUUUCUCUCAUACAUCUGAGCAGAAACAAAAGACUUUGUGUGAUAAAGAUGAAAUGAGCACCUUCAGAGACAAGCUGCUGAACUUAAUUCACAUGGAUUCCAUUUUUAGAGUGUGUCAGUUCCAGCCUCCCAGCGUACAGAAUGCAUGCGCCACUCAUGCAUUUCUGAAAUGCAAUGCUAUUCAUGUUUUUCCGUGGAAUUUAGAAUUUAUUGAUUUGGAUCCAAAUCCUGUAGUAUCUUAUGGGAAAAUUAAUGAGCUGCUUUCCCCAAGACAGCGUCAUCAAGAAGCAAAACAAAAUCUGCCAUUUGAAAAGCAAAAGCAUUUGACUAGUACGCAAGACAAAAAUCAUUCUAAUUCUAAUAGCAGUCAAGCAUCCAGUGAGGGAUCUGUUGUUCAAAUCAUUUGGAACGGAUUUGAAGACCUAAAGAGUGUCAUAGAGUAUGGCCACAAUGGGGAAGCCCUACAUGUUGGAAGAGUUUGGAUUCCAGAUGGUCUGAGAAAAAAACUACAAAUCGAAAUACAUUCAACAGUCCGAAUUAAGUCAGUUGAAUCUGUUCCUAAAAUUCCUAUAUCUGUUAGACUGCAACCCAAACAGAACUUACAUAAAGAUAUACAUGAAGAUGAUGUUAAAUCUGCUUUCAGUUCUUGGCUGCAGGAUUCUGCUACUGAUGAUCUCCCGUGGGUAAUGACAAGCACAGACUAUAUACAUCUGUCUGUUAAAGACGGAGUGGAGGAGUUUUUCCUUAGUGUAGUGGAUCCUGCUCACACUGAAGAAAAUAAGCCUGAGAAUAUUUUUAUACUGAGUCCCAGUUUGCUGCAAAAGACUAAUAUACAAGUUCUUUUACAUCCUCUAACUAGAAAAGCUGAUGGUGACAGCCAGCUACCUAUGUGUGAUACUGACAGGAACCUUCCUUACCACAAACUAAACGAUCUAGGAGGAGUGGACAAAUUAGGAACAUCUUCCUUUGAACACGUAAGCCACAGUCUUUUGGGGCGUCCUUUAUCUCAAAAGCUGGCUGCUGUUGCUGUGGGACUGCGAAGUGGAGGAUUGCUUCUCACAGGAGGAAAGGGAAGUGGAAAGUCAACAUUAGCAAGGGCCAUCUGCAAAGAAGCAUUUGAUAGACUGGAUGCUCAUGUAGAAGUAAUUGAUUGUAAAGCUUUAAGAGGAAAAAGAUUAGUAAACAUAAGGAAAAAUGUGGAAGAAGCUUUUUUAGAAGCAGCAUGGAGACAACCAUCUAUUCUUUUGAUGGAUGAUCUUGAUCACAUUGUUGGAGUACCUUCUACACCAGAGCAUGAGAACAGCCCUGAAACAGUUCAAAGCAAUAGACUUGCUUAUGUUUUGAAAGAUCUGAUAAAAGAAGUUAUUUCCAUGGGGAGUUUGAUUGCACUAAUUGCCACAAGUCAGUCUGAACAUUCCCUACAUCCUUCCCUGGUUUCAGCUCAAGGAACUCAUAUAUUUCAAUGCUUCAAAUGUAUUCGAUCUCCAGAUCAGAAGCAAAGAUGUGAAAUGCUGUGUUCCAUAAUAAAAAAGAAACUGAAUUCUGAUAUAAAGAAGUUCUCUGAUCUUGAUCUCCAAUGCCUUGCUAAGGAAACAGAAGGUUUUGUUGCUAGGGAUUUUACUAUGCUGGUUGAUCGCGCCAUUCAUGCCUGUGUUUCCAACCAGAAUGCUUUUCAAAACGGCGAUUUGAAUCUGUCAACUGUGGAUUUUCAGAAAGCUCUAAAAAAUUUUACUCCGUUAGCUCUGAGAAAUGUUAACCUUCAUAAGCCUAAAGACAUUGGUUGGGACAGGAUUGGUGGCUUAAAAGAUGUGAAGCAAAUACUCACGGAUACCAUCAUGUUACCUGCAAAGUAUCCAGAAUUAUUUGCAAACCUGCCCAUACGACAGAGGUCAGGAGUCUUGCUGUAUGGAGCACCUGGAACAGGAAAAACACUGUUAGCAGGAGUAGUUGCUCGAGAGAGUGGAAUGAAUUUCAUCAGCAUCAAGGGACCAGAACUGCUCAGCAAAUACAUUGGUGCAAGUGAGCAAGCAGUUCGAGAUAUCUUUAACAGAGCUCAGGCUGCUAAGCCUUGUAUCAUUUUCUUCGAUGAGUUUGAUUCUAUUGCUCCUCGUCGAGGUCAUGACAACACAGGAGUUACUGACCGAGUGGUUAACCAACUGUUGACUCAGUUAGAUGGUGUGGAAGGGUUAGAAGGGGUUUAUGUGCUAGCUGCUACUAGUCGCCCAGAUUUGAUUGACCCUGCUUUGUUAAGGCCAGGUCGGCUGGAUAAGUGCCUGUACUGUCCACCUCCUGAUCAGAACUCACGCUAUGAAAUCUUAAAAGCUCUCAGUCAUUCUCUGUCCUUGGCAAAUGAUGUGGAUUUUCAGGAUUUGGCAGCAAAAACAGAACAGUUCACAGGGGCUGACCUGAAAGCUUUAUUGUACAAUGCCCAAUUAGAGGCAAUCCAUGCUCAUUUAGGUUCAGGUAUAACACAGGAUUUUGGUUCUAGUUCUGAUAGUGACUUCAGUCUCUCUUCCAUGGUUUUUCUAAACCACAGCAGUGGCUCAGAUGAAUCAGCAACAGAUGGAGAAGCAGGGCUAGAGCAAUCUCUUAUUUCCUUAGACAUGUCUGAUUUGCUUCCUGAAGAUCCAAGGUCCAACAUGUAUCGUCUUUAUUUUGGAAGCUCUUACGAAUCAGAGCUGGGAAAUGGAACUCCUUCAGAGCUGAGCUCUUUGUGUUUGUCUGGACCAAACUCCAUAACUCACGAUUGUACCAGCGUGACUCAGAGAGAUGCAGCAUCGUCACAACCUUCAGUGCUUAGAGCAACUUCUCAAGAACUUGAUUCCCUGGAAAAUAACCGGGAGCAGCAAAUAGAGCACCUAAGGACUGAAAUCAAUGUUAUCAAAGCCAAUAGCAGAAGCAAGAAUGGAGAGGACAGCACCUUUAAUCAGUCAGUACUUGCCAAGAACACUUUAAUGAUUACCCAGUCCCAUUUGAUCACUGCACUUGAGGGUAUAAGACCAUCCAUUAGCCAAGAUGACUGGAAGAAUUUUACUGAACUGUAUGAUAAUUUUCAGAAUCCCAAGAAGAGGAAAGGACAAGUUGGCUCGACAUUCAGACCAGGACAAAAAAUGACUCUAGCAUAGUAACUUGUAUUUGCUUGUAAUUUGCUAAAUAGUAACUGGAAAUGACGAAUGUGAUUAAAUCAGAUUAUUUAUAUUCAUAUGGAUUUAUUAAUGCAGCACUUGAAGAUAAGUUUCUUUUAAACUUAAAUGCUGUAAAAUCAUGUCACAUUUUAUUUUGAAGAAAGUUGUCUUCCUUCAGAUUGAUAUUAAAUUUUUGAGAGAACAUUGGUUACAUUCUGUCCAGUUGUUUAUCACAUAAAAUUUAAAAUUUUGCUUUUUAUCAACAUAGUUGCCAAAACCUAACAAUUAUUUACUAUAUCUGUUUAUUUCCUCACCACAAAUAGAUUCUGUUCGAAUAAACUGUAAUAUCUAAUGCUGGAAAUGUUUUUUAAAAAUUCUAUAAAGCCAUUUUUUAAUGCCCUUUGGAGGGCUUAGAGAAAGGUGGUACUUCAUAUGUUUAUUGGUAGGCAACUGACUAGUAUUUCCAGAAUAACUAUACUGAAAAAAAAAAAAAAAAAAAAAGACCAAGGUAAUUGUAUCUUGUUUUCUGCCACUGUUUAUUAUUCAGAAUAUCGAGUUGCAUUUCACACAAGUGUAUCUUCUUAUCCCAUCUUGUAUUCUUGGAGACUAUUCUGAAACAUCUCUGAUGUUUUGAAGCUUUCUAAUGUUACAUCCUGUAAUUACUCACAACAACUGUUCUUACAGGAAGAUUGUUAAAGAGUUGUUUUCCUCAACUGAUAUGUCGAUAUGCAGGUCUUCACAGGAGGGGAAGAAAGGAACAGAAAAGAAAGAAAACUAGAGAUGUUUCCCAUGAGUCUAUACCGCCCUUUCACAACUUUUUACCAAUACUGGGGGGUUUUGCCUGGUUGUUUUUUCAGAAAUCUUCCUUCCCUACUGUUUACCUUCCUGAGUAAUUAGAAAACACUGAUGUUUUGUUGUUUUUUUUUUUGGUGGUCUCUCAUAGCUAUUAUGUGCCUUUUCACACCUCGGUUGCUUUGGGCCAUUGGACAUUAUUACCCUUUCUGUGAUCAGACAGUAUGCCUGGGCUUCCUCUGAUCACUUCUUAGGGUACACUGGUAGUAGCAGCCUUCUUCAAGCUGCUCCUAAAUGUUUGAUUAUAUGGUCCCCACUACAUGUUCCAAUCUGUUGUUUCAUUCAUUGAAAUGUAUGAUACUAUGUCAGUAAUUAGAACAACCAUCCUAUUGACCAGAUGAUUAUAUUGUUCACUGCUGUCUAUUUGUAGUUCCUAUUCCCAGUGCCAGCAAAUAACUCAAAGAACGUUUAAUUUGUAUGUU